CGCUUCACCGUCUCGCUCUCGCAAUUUCUUCUCAAUUAUCGGAUCGAUUUUUUUCCCUUCUUCUCUUCUUUAAUCAAAAUAACGUUUUUCACAUUAUUUUACUCUUCUCUGGUCGGAGCAAGAACUAGAACGCUUCAUCGAAGUUGAAACGGCGAGUGUACCUUUUCCGGAUCUCGCCGCUAUGGAAGAUGGCUGUCGGAGUGAGUUGACUCGGUCUAACUCUGACUCGUCUGACAUAACUGUUGAGAGCUCGUACCAGUAUCCAAGUAAAAUACUGCAGGGCCAAUCUGCAGAGUGGACAAAUGAGAAACACGAUGCCUAUCUUGGGUAUUUAGAAGCAUCUUUUGUUCAGCAAUUGCAUGAGCUGCAUUGCUCCACUGGGUUGCAAGGGCAGCGAUCACAAGAAAAAACACGAGGGCCAUAUAUAUCCCAAGCAAUAUCAGCCCACAGACGUUUUACACCUCACCAGUUGAUGGUUUUGCCAGAUGGCAGCUGGCAGAAGAUUAAGCUUACAGGGAAAGAAUCUAUGUUUGAGAGCACAGCUGAUUCCCAUGGUACACUGGAAAGUCCAUGGAUACAUCGUUUUACAUCUGUGGGUCAACUCCAGACCGCAACAACUUUUGAUCCCCAGGACCGCAGUGUGCUUUGUGAGGAGGGAUUCUUUUUGAGAAAGAAUGUAACUUUCUCUGUUGAAUCAGCUGGAAGUUCAGGGCAGCACGAAGACUAUCACUUAUGCCAUCAGAAUUCAGCUGGCAGUACUACGGAGCUCUCAGAUCAGAAUUUUAUUGAUGAAAACCGAGGACAGAGUACAAGUUGUGGACCCGUGACAAAAAGGUUGAAGACUGCUGCCUUUCAUGAUAAAAAAGAUGAUCAGGUGUUUGGUCGUACUUCCUCAGAGAGAGAAGAACAAAAACAUCAUGAAUUGCUGUUAGAAAGUUCUGAGAGGUUUAUUUGCCCAAGAUCCAGUACAUAUUCCUUAUUAAGAGGAAGCUGAGUUGUGACUUCUGGGCGCCUUCAAUACGCCCAGAGUCUCCAGGUUCCUAGCUGAAGAAGCAUAAGAAGAAUAAUAGUAGUAAUUUUUUGAGGAUGGCUUUUGCUGAGAACUAAAUGAUGAUUUUGACAUAUAUUAGGUGAGAAGCAUCUAUUAAGAACUUACAUGUUUAGGUAAAAUAUGCAGUAGUUGCAAUUGAUGGAUGAGCAAGUGUUUUGUGAUAUGAGUAUACUAUACUGCUUUAUAAUGAUGUCUUUGUAUUUGUAUCGGUAUUUUGUAAAUACAGUGGCAUUGUAUAUACAAGUUAUGGAAUGUAUCAUACAUGUAGAAGAUGAUUUUACGCCAUA